GGACGCAACCGAAGAUGACCCGAGCCCGAGACUGGGCGCAGUGACGUCAUCAAUAAGCGACCACAGCUUGGAUUGUUGUUUCUUCAAAUCGUGGUUAGAGACGAAACUCAGUUUGUUAUUUCACAGAAGAGAGGCCCCCCUUCACUGAGGACUGCUAAAUACCUGCUACGUUCUUGUCUGCUGUUUCUCCUGCUCUGGUGAUAAAAGCAUAAGAACGACUUCACCGUCACUGAAGAACUGUGGGGGGAAGUGUCAGGAUAUCAAAAGUUGGAAAGAAGAAACUUCAUCAAGACUUCAGAGGAUCACAGACGAGGAGAGGUCAGGAGUGAGGAGAGGAGGUGUUGGGGAUGGGGUUGAAGAGCCACAGGAGGACGUCAUGGUUCACAGCGGCUCUGCAUCCCCAAUGAAAACAACACCAUCAGCUUCACCCCAUUUAACUGUCUCUGCUACAGCACCCAGUCUGGUUCCUCUCGUGCCCCCUCCUGGAGAUACAACAGAUCUGGACCUCACCCCAGCUCCUGCCAAACUCCUCGCAACAGAUCUCACCUCCAACUCUGAUUUAACCCAGCCCUCCACUCCGACUCCUGCAGAUGCAGAGCCUCCUGUUGUAACCCCCGCUCAAGCAAUAACUAACUCGAGCCCGGCUUCGGCUAGGACUUUGACGCAGACUCAGACCCCUGUUCGAGGUCUGGCAAAUGGCCGCACAUCUGGCAGGAAGAGGACUCCUAAGGCCUGCGACUGCUGUGGCCCCAACGGCAAAGGACAUAAUGAUGGUAUAUCAGGCAGAGGGAGGGGGAGAGGAAGAGGGAGAGCGAGGGGAAAGGGAAGGGGUACUUAUGGUGACGAGUGGGACACCCCGAAACGAAAAGUUGGCAGCCUGCUGACAAAAAGCAACAGUUUGGAUUUGACCAAUGAGAAGGUGGAGGAGGCAGAGGAGGAAGUUGACAAAUAUGAGGAGUUGCAAAGGACUCCAGUAGAGGCGGACAGUCAGGCACAAACACCUGUUGCUCUCCCUGUCACAUUGUCACAGCAGGUGGAACCAACAAGGAACUUUUCUGCUCAAGUGAAAGUGGAUGCACCGAAAAAGGAGGAGUUUUCAAAAGAAGGGUCAGGGUCAGCUGGUGCAGGAGGGAAAGCAGGUGGCGAUAGCAGGGAUGUGGAGGUGAGAUUUUCAGGAGUGGCUGGCAGGGGAGCGACAGGAGUUCGAGGUAGAGGAUGGAGGGGACCAUGGGGAGCCUCGUCUGCUUUCAAAAUCGAAGUAGAAGGCGGGAUAAAGAGGGAAGGUUUAGGUGGGUUUGCCAUCACUAACCAAUCGUUUGCCAUACCUCGAUCAAUGCUGAUACCGAGGCAGGUGAAAAUUAAAGUCGCAGAGAAGGAUCACGGAGGACAGCUUGACCUCAUCACAACGAAUUCUCCUCUUGGAAACGGAGAAACUGUUAACCUCUCUGACUCUGAGCCUGAAGAGGAGGCGAGGGAUGGCAACAUCACCGUGAGAGAAAUGGAAAACGGAGUACUGUCUAUCUCACAGCACUCAGAGUCUCCUCUGGACCUGGACUCUGAGAUGCAGGUGGACCAGACUCCUGACCAAACAGACUUAGGAUCUGUAGCAUUAACUCUGUCCAAUGGAGAUGCCACAAAUGAGGACCACAGCACCACGUUAAUGGAGGUGGAAACUUCUCAUCCAUUAAAGGUUGUUCCUCAGUGCCAGGGUCCUAUCACAAUAGACGGCGAGCAGCACCGCUGGGCAUUAAGAGACCACUGGCUCUACUGUCAGACCGGAACCUGGGAGAAGAAGGAGGGGAUGGAGGAGGCGUCUAGACCGGAGGGGGAUGGAAAGACACAGGAUGAAGAAAAGCGAGAGCAGCUGAUUCAUACGAUCCACGAGUUCCUGGAGAGCUUCUACAUUAAGUACGGUGGUUUCAUUCCUCUCAGUGAGGCCGAUGUCCUCGAAUACCUGAAGAAGAAAGGCAACUGUGACCUCGGCAACAGGGGACUGGACAUCAAAGGGGAGAUGAGUCGAUACAGGGCAGCGUUGGCCUCCGCUCCUGUCGCAGGCUUCAUGGUGACAUAUAACAAACACACUCUGAGCCUGGAGGACCUCGGCACGCUGGAGGAACAGAACUGGCUCAAUGACCAGAUAAUCAACAUGUAUGGAGAGCUCAUCAUGGAGGCGACUCAACACAAGGUUCAUUUCUUCAACAGUUUUUUCCACAAGCAGCUGGUGGCCAAGGGUUAUGAAGGAGUGAAGAGGUGGACUAAGAAAGUUGACCUGUUCUCCAAGUGGCUGUUGCUGUUUCCCAUCCAUUUAGAAAUCCACUGGUCCCUCAUUACGGUCACAAUGGCGACCAAAACCAUCAGUUACUACGACAGCCAAGGCAUCGUCUUCAGACACACCACAGAUAACAUCUUAAAGUACCUUCUGUCUGAAGCCAGAGAGAAGAAACAGACCGCUUUCCAGAGAGGCUGGAAGAUUACCAUCAUCAAGGGGAUUCCUCAGCAGAAAAACGACAGCGACUGUGGAGUUUUUGUCCUCGAGUACUGCCGCUGUCUCUCUGUAAGGCAGCCUCUGCAGUUCAGUCAGGAGGACAUGCCUCGAAUACGCAAGAGAAUCUACAAGGAGCUGUGCGACUGUCACCUCACCAAGUAACUGAUGGUACAAUGGACGCCUUCUUCUCGCUGACUGCUUUUCCAGUAAUUUGCAACAGUUGGUGCGAGUCCGUCAGAGGACCUGUUUCAAUGUCAGCCUGUUACAUAAGCUAACACAACCUGGACAUGUGUAAGCCACGGAGCCCUGCUCGUCCUACCUGUGUGACUGACAGCAGAGGGGGGUGGGUCAUCCAGACUUUUGGAGUUUAAUCACAGCUUGUAGCAGAGAAGAUUUGGACAUGCGAAGAACUACUGAUGUGGCUCCUACUGACCUGCUGAAGUGCAGGACCUCAGACCCAUCAGGGGGUCUUUGCAGUAUACAUGUGCACACCUGUGAUGUGUUUCAUGGUAAAACAGCCACCUUUAGGGUGUCAGUAGAUCUCUGACUUUGACUUAGGACACAGGCGUCGGACCAGCCUGGACCAAUGGGACGGAGCUUCCAUCCCGACUCGAGUGGCCUUACCUCCUGGACGGCCAUUUUAACCAUUAAAGACAUUUUUAGGUUUGUUUUAAGCUGGACUCUUCAGCAGUAUCAUGCUUACCGUUAUCUGCUCGUUUUCUAACAUGUUAUUAAAGAUAGGAUGCGCAAAUCAGUGGACCAGACGUUCACUUCUAACUUGAAGGUUUCAUUCGGCCUCUUGGACUUCAGAUAUUUGCACCGUGAGAGGCCGAUCUAUUGAAGAGAUAUCAACUGAAUGUACUGAUCACGUAUUCUUCCUGGCUGCCUCGGGAGGUUGGAGAUUGAGCACCGUGCAGGCUCAUGGCACACUCUGGCUGUGGCUUGAAACAGGGAUUUAAUUUACCAGUUCUGUUUUGUUUUAAGUACAAGGUUUUUUCACACCUAGCUCCAAAUAACUUCCUGCGACAGUUCCAGUUUUCUCACCGCAUUAUUUCCUGAGAUUAGUUCUGUUUAGCUGUGAUCACGGGUUCUGCACAUGUUUUUCCAGCCGUUUGAUAAAACUGUACAUUUGGAUGCAUCUAUUUGAUAUUUGAGUUGUGUCUCAAGCUGGUUCAAGCAUUUCACACGGAGCUGUACGCGAGGACCAACGUUUAUGAUUUUAACCCGACAGUUUCUCUUUGAUAACUUUAUAUUUUUACGGGCCUCUGCCUCACAUGGAUGCUUCAUCAUGGGUGCUGAGCAUCAUUGUUACAGAUUGGCCUCUGAACUGUAAAACAAGUCGACCUCAGCUGUUUGAUUAAACCUUCUGUCCAACCCGGGUUCAGUUGUUAUUUUCACGUAUAUACAUAUUUGCAUAUUGUGUUGUAAGUUCACUGGUCUACUGCUGUACACGCUUGCUUUGGCUGAAAACCACAAAGGUUUCUGGACUGUUUUUAUUGUUCUUAUUAAAAGCUGAUACCGCUGGGAACUUGAA